AUGGCUGGUGCUCUCAGGUUUCUCUGCUCCGAUAUCGACAUCCGAUGUGCUCCGACGCAGUGCAGCCAACGUCAGGAAAAACGAGAACGCUGCGACGUUCCGAAACUCAUCUUACGUUGUCCUACGGUCGUUCGUUCCUCGACCGCGCCUCCUGCGCGAUUUGGGAGCGAUUUUGAUCUACCGUCUCUCUCCCGCCAAUUCCAAGCGGUACAUCCAUCCCGCUUCGAGUGCGGACAGUGCGAAUUUUCUUUCUCUCGAGCAGACGAAACCUACGGCGAGGACCGCGAUUUCUUCUCUACGUUCGCACGACGUCGUGGACGAUACGAAGGUGGCGGAGGGGGGAAUUCGUAUUUUGUCAUCCUUGUUAUCGAUGCACCGGGAGCUGUUCUGUCAAACAGUCAAACAAUAGAAGCGAAUCGUGUUCGUCGUGCCGUGGCAGUGAGUUGGUCCCAUCGUCGUUCGACAUGUCCGCUGCUGAAGAACGAGAACGUCACGUACAGCUCGCAUAGCAACGAUGCGAUCGGCGACGAAACACAGUCCAAUGUGCACACCGUUUCUACGAUUGGCCCGGAUGAGCUGCCACCGCCGUAUCAGUCCGCCAUCCAGGGCGGCAUGCCAAUGGUCACCUGCAGAGUUUGUCAAGCGAUGAUAGAUAUUUCUGGAAAAAGAGAUCAGCACGUCGUCAAGUGUUGUCAAUGUAACGAGGCCACACCUAUACGAAAUGCUCCACCUGGAAAGAAGUACGUACGAUGUCCGUGCAAUUGUCUGCUCAUAUGCAAGAGUUCUUCGCAGCGUAUUGCCUGCCCCAGGCCAAAUUGUAAACGUAUUAUUAAUCUUGCUCCAAGCCCUAUUACACCUCCAGUUCUGUCCAUGCCAGGCAUGUGCAGGGUAGGCUGUGCCCAUUGCCAUGACACAUUCUUGUUUAACACAUUAAAUAACGCUUUGGCUCGAUGUCCACAUUGCCGUAAGAUAUCCUCCGUUGGUCCAGACUUUGCUAGAGGAAGAGGAAUUGUAUUCGUUUUCAUUGGGAUUAUAGCCUUAAUAAUUGCUAUAGCCGUAACAGUCGGGACCUAUAAAUAUGUAAAAACAAAUGGUGGAAUUUAUGUAGCUUAUGUUGGUGCAUUUCUGUUGGCGCUUUUAUGCUUGGGCCGCAGCAUUUAUUAUUGUACGAUGAAGAUCAGUUUGAUAGAGGGUCCUAUGUAGUCUCCCAAACAACAGUGAACAACCAACAAUACAAAAUCAAUUCCACUGAGAUGAAUGUCAUGUAACCUAUUUAGAACAAAUGUUUAUAGUAAUAUGACAUUUCAAAUCCUUUUAAGGCAAGAACAGUAUAUAUAUAUAUAUAUAU